GUCUACGCUUUGGCAAAAGCGUCGUAUAUGACGCCUUGGGAUGAGAACGGGCUGAAGAUUUUGUUACAAAUCACACUCAGACAUCCGUACCAACACACCCACACAAUUAUCGUUGCACAAUUCAUCCAGUUGCCUUUAUAAUAUACCGAAGCAGAAAACCAGAAUAAAGCAAGUAUUUGCUUUAUAGGCCAAACAUGAAAAAUGGCACCAUCUCAUAAAAAAAUAGUAAAAAUUAACAAAGACUGCAUCAUUUUAAAUGGCCCUGGGAUUAAAAAUUACAGUUUUAAUGGGUUUCAAUUGGGACAUUUUUGUCCAAAAGGCACUGAGAUGCACAAUAGUUUUUUUAAUGGAAAUGGUGGUGAGAUAGUAAAGUUCCAAUAAAAAUACACACCUGUGCCUAAUUUUAGGCAGUUAUCAUUAACACAGGCAAAGCCGAAAAGGCGAAACUUUUUUUUUGCAACACCCUAAAUUUCUUAACAGGUUUCAAAGAAACACGUCUCCCCUUUCUCCGCAUUGAAAGGAUGCUCAGCAUGUUUUAAUUAGACCUGAUGAGAGGCUCGUGUGGUGUGUGUGGUGACAAACCUGCUGUGAGAAUCAUUUGCUGCUUUCUAGCUCAAAUUUAACAAUGGGUAACAAGACACCAUCAAGACGCAAUCUUAAAAACAUAAACACAACAACAAUAUUCAAACAGGAACAGCCUCAAAAUUGGUGUUGCUGUUGUAAAAAACAAGUGUCAUACAGAAUUCCAGCCCUUGUGUAUCUCAAUAACGAUCAAACCUUCCUGGCUUUUGCUGAAAAGAGAAAAACAUUAAGUGACACAAGUGCAGAAGUGCUUGUGAUGAGAAGAGGAACAUGGAAUAAUGGCAAGAAGAUUAAAGAAGUUGAGUGGGUCAGUGGUCAUCAGUUGCUCACUUCAGCUUGUCUACCAAACCACCGCAGCAUGAAUCCAUGUCCGGUCUAUGAGAGAGAUUCCAAGACCCUUUUCCUGUUUUUUGUGUGUAUUCCCAAAGGGGUCUCUGAAUACGAACAAAUUCGGACAGAUAAGAGCCAAGGACGGCUCUGUUAUGUAACCAGUAAGGAUGCUGGCAAAACCUGGAGUCAAACUACAGACUUGACAGCAGAUGUGAUUGGUGAGCAGGUGCAGGGCUGGGCCCCCUUUGCUGUUGGACCAGGACAUGGUGUUCAAAUGAAGAGUGGGAGACUGAUUAUCCCGGCCUAUGCGUAUCGAUACACUGGCAAACCUGAUUGCACAUCAUGUUGCUGCUUAUCAUUUUGCUGUUUCACAUCUUAUGCUUUAGCGUUCUACAGCGAUGAUAAAGGAACCACAUGGAAAGCAGGAAACCAAAUGUCUGUUGAGUCAUGUGAGUGUCAGAUGGCUGAGAUCAUAGAUGAAAAAGGUACCAGUACUCUGUACUGCAAUGCCAGAACCCGCCUUGGCUACAGAACGGAGGCACUAAGCUACAACUCUGGAGAGGAUUUUGACAAAGUUUUAACCUCACAUAAACUAAUAGAGACUGGAAAAGGUUGCCAAGGCAGUGUGUUGAGUUUUCUUGAUCAGAGUAGUCCUGCAAAGACAUUGCUGCUCUACUCCCAUCCAUCCGAUCCAAAAAAGAGAGUGGAUCUUGGUCUCUACUUGAAUAACUCUCCAUUGGAUUCCUCUGGGUGGCCGGAUGAACCUUUACUUAUAUUGCAUAAUGGUCCCAGUGCAUAUUCAGAUCUGGUUGAGUAUGAGCCUGGACGCUUUGCUUGUCUCAUGGAAUGUGGAAAGGAACAUGAGAAUGAAGAAAUAGCCUUUUUGCUGUUCGAACUCCCUGAGAAAAAACUGUGAACAUGUACAUUUACUAUUAAAGGGUCAGGAAACCCAAACCAAUGAGAUUUUAACAGAUGUAUGUGUGUUGAACACCAUUGAAGACAAUGUUAGCAUCUGUUAGAUUUAAUAAUAGGGUUAAAAUAGUUAAAUAU